AUGAAAAGGAAUGCUUCCAAUGCGUACUCGACGAACGGACUAGUGCAGAUGGAGUCAUGGAUCGAUCCAGUGACUGACCGACUGCUGAACAAAUUGCAUCGCGAAGCAGGGGAGCCUAUUGAUGUAUCAAACGUAUUAAAAGACUACGCCAUGGAUGCCGUCUUUGCUGUUACCUUUGGGAGAGACUUCAACUACAUUGAAAAAGGCGACGUUCUGAAGAUGUACGGUAUAUUGGAAACUGUUGCUGAUUACAUGGCAAUCUUUGGGCAAAUCCCCUGGAUUCAUAAAUUUCUUUUGGGUCAGCCAUUUAUAGCUAGUUUCAUAUUGGGCGGCGGCAGCGAUAAGGAAAUGAUGCAGCUCGCCAUGUCCCAGGUCGAGUCCGCCAAGCAGAAUACAUCCGAGAGCGGGCCUUUGACCUUUCUCCAGCGAUUGCUCCUAAACCAGACCAAGGAUCCAUCAUCUAUAAACGACCGAGAGAUCAUGACCCAUGCAUUUGGCAACAUUUCCGCUGGAAGCGAUACCACUGCCAUUGCGCUGCGUUCUAUCCUCUACCACAUCUUAAAGGACCGCCGCGUUUAUGAUAAGCUCUACGACGAAUUCCGUGAUCUGGAGACUCCCGUUCAAUUCAGCGACGUGAACAAAUUGCCGUAUUUUGCUGCUGUUAUUCAAGAGGCUCUCCGGCUACAUCCUUCAGUCGGCAUGAUGCUUGCUCGUAUCGUCCCCGCCGGCGGUGCAGAAUUGUGCGGGUUCUAUCUCGCCGAGGGCACGGAGGUUGGCAUCAACCCAUGGGUGUUGCACCGCAACCUGGAAGUGUUUCCCGAUCCCGACAGCUUUCGCCCUGAACGUUGGCUGUCAUCAGAGACAAGCGAUGACCAGCGUACGCUUAUGAACAGGUCAUUUUUCACCUUUGGUCAUGGCGCGCACACCUGCAGCGGACGUUGGAUCAGCUUGAUGGAGAUGAAAAAGGUGAUUCCGUCUCUAAUGCUGAGAUUUGAGAUGACGUUGGUAAGUGAGGAGACAUAUGGGUUUAAGAAUCGUUGGUUUACGCCGCAGCACGGUUUAUUUGUGAAGUUUAUCGGGAGGGCGCGAUAG